AUAUAUUUUUAUUUGUUGGCAUAAAUGCACGUCUGCAGAAUAGAAAUAAGAAUCAAUAUUAAAUUUUUACUGUGCAUGAAUACUCCAUCACACUCUCAACUUUUACAUUCACCGCAGUACCAAGUGUGAGAGUGUUGGAAUAUAUAGCACCAGCACCAGCACCAUCACCAGAGUGUCAGUAUGUCCAACAGAGAAACAGCUUUAAAAAAUUUCCUCUUAUUCGACGAAGAAGCAACGCCUUGGAAUAAAUCGAAUCCGGUAACUCCGGUCCAACUCGAGCCAACAUCUGCUAUUAUUGUAAUUGGAUAUCUUCCCAAUUAUUCAACGAGGUUCGCCGUUAAUUUAACAUGUCAACAAACCGGAAAUAUUGCAUUUCAUUUAAAUCCACGAUUAGACAGAGGAUAUAUUGUAAGAAAUUCUAAAAUAAAAGGCUAUUGGAAUGAAGAGGAAACAUGCUCACCAUUUAUUUCAUGCAAUGGUUUAGUGUCACGUAAUUCAUAUUUUCAUUUGGUAAUUUUUUGUUCAUCUAAAGAAUUUUAUGUUUCGAUAAAUGGCGAACAUUUUUGUACAUUUACAUACCGGCUACCUCUCGAAACGAUAACACAUUUAGAAUAUGAUGGAGAAGUUGAAGACGUACGUUUACGUGUAAAAAAUCUUUACAUUUAUCCGGAUCCAAAGAUUAUUAAAUCGACAUUCAAACUUGAACUUCAUGAUCGGCAGCCUCUGACAAAACUUAAAGUACCCUCGACGAUAUUUAUCGAAGAAUUCAAACAUGGAGCGCGAAUAUUCAUAAAAGGUCGUUUGAAGUUACUGCCUCAAUCAUUUUAUGUUAAUCUCCAGUCUAGUCCAUUGAUGUAUCCGCAUCCAGAUAUAGCUUUGCACAUAAACCCGCGUUUUCAGCAUGGCAACCGUCCGCCUCAUGUUGUGAUGAAUUGUUGGAAAGCUGGUUCUUGGGGUCGCGAAGAACGACACGAAGGACAUUUAUCUUGGGCGCCUGGUAGAGAAUUUCUCUUAACGAUCCGCUGUGAGUACGAUAGCUACGUAAUCUGGCUUGGAAAUAAAAUAAUUGGUGAAUUCAAGCAUCGCGUUGAUCCAUCAGAAGUCGAUACAUUGCUGAUAACUGGAGACGUAGUCCUCUACGAGCUGGCAUUGAAACGAACUGACGAAGAGUAAAGACUUAACACAAGUGUGUAAUCAUCCCAAGUGACUUUGAAUACUUACUAGCAUAAUAUUUAAAUGAAAAAUAUAUUGUAAUUUAAAAAUAAAAUCAAAAAUAAUUGUAGUAACGAGCAGAGGACUGGGCGAUUUUAAUAACGGAUUUAUUUAAUAGUCAAGUCAAGUUGAUUUCAAGUUUCUAAUCUUCAACGUUGCGUGGAGUAUUUUUUUUAUUGUAUAUUUUUUUUUAAUCCUUCGUCAAAAUGGCCCAGAUUCUUUGCUCGUUCAUUACUUCGCUCUAAUUAUAUACAUGCAUACACAUAUAUAUUUUUUUUAUGUAAUUGAUAGACAUGGAGCUUUAAAAAAGUACUGAAAUAGGCAGAAAAAGACCAAAAUAUUUGUUAAAAAGUUUUG